AAAGACAUUAAAAAAAAAAAAAAAAAACAAAGCUUUGAGUUGCUGUAACUAUUAAAGUAAUUAUGUCACCAGAAAUAUUAUUAUUUGACAAACGAAGCCUACAAUCCGUUCUCCCCUACCAGAGCUGAAACUUCUGCACCAGAAUUACACAGGCUUUCGCCAAAUGUUAGAUAGUAGUCCUUUUAUAGUGCAGCUCUGAUCAUAGAAAAAAAGAAAAAAACAUGGAGCUUUGUAAUUGCAUCGAGCCACCAUGGCCCGCCGACGAAUUACUGAUGAAAUAUCAGUACAUUUCUGAUUUCUUCAUAGCGUUGGCGUAUUUCUCAAUUCCAUUGGAGUUGAUAUACUUUGUCAAGAAAUCCGCCGUAUUUCCGUACAGAUGGGUUCUCGUGCAAUUCGGUGCGUUCAUCGUACUGUGUGGAGCCACACACCUGAUUAAUCUAUGGACAUUCACCAUGCACACAAGAACAGUGGCAGUCGUAAUGACCACUUCUAAAAUCUUGACAGCUGUCGUUUCUUGUGCGACCGCGCUCAUGCUAGUACAUAUAAUCCCCGAUUUGUUGAGCGUCAAAACGAGGGAGCUUUUCUUGAAGAACAAGGCAGCCGAAUUAGAUAGGGAAAUGGGUUUGAUCCGUACGCAGGAGGAAACCGGUAGGCACGUUAGAAUGCUGACUCAUGAAAUAAGAAGCACGCUCGAUCGGCAUACGAUAUUAAAGACCACACUUGUGGAGUUAGGGCGAACGUUGGGCUUGGAAGAAUGUGCGCUUUGGAUGCCGACUAGGUCGGGAUUGGAAUUACAGCUUUCUUACACGCUUCGGCAUCAGAAUCCGGUUGGGUAUACUGUCCCUAUACAACUUCCUGUAAUAAACCAGGUGUUCAAUACGAGUAGAGCGGUGAAGAUUUCUCCUAAUACUCCGGUUGCUCGUCUUCGGCCAGCUGGCAAGUAUAUGCCAGGGGAGGUGGUUGCUGUGCGGGUCCCACUCCUCCACCUGUCGAAUUUCCAGAUACAUGAUUGGCCGGAGCUUUCGACUAAGCGGUACGCUUUGAUGGUUUUGAUGCUGCCUUCGGACAGUGCUAGGCAGUGGCACGUGCAUGAGUUGGAGCUUGUUGAAGUUGUGGCGGACCAGGUCGCUGUUGCUCUUUCGCACGCAGCAAUUUUGGAAGAGUCAAUGAGGGCAAGGGAUCUUCUAAUGGAGCAGAAUGUCGCCCUCGACCUCGCAAGAAGGGAAGCAGAGACAGCUGUUCGAGCCCGUAACGAUUUCCUAGCUGUAAUGAACCAUGAAAUGAGAACUCCCAUGCAUGCAAUAAUUGCUCUCUCUUCCUUAUUACAAGAAACCGAGCUCAUGCCAGAGCAACGUCUCAUGGUCGAAACAAUCCUCAAAAGUAGCAACCUUUUAGCAACCCUAAUCAAUGAUGUGUUAGAUCUUUCAAGGCUCGAAGAUGGCAGCCUUCAACUCGAGAUAGGAACUUUCAGCCUCCAUUUACUCUUCAGAGAGGCUCUUAACUUGAUAAAGCCUAUUGCGUCAGUGAAGAAGUUAUAUGUUACGUUGAGUUUGUCUCCGGAUUUGUCUGAAUAUGCCGUCGGUGAUGAAAAGAGGCUAAUGCAAAUUCUACUUAAUGUUGUGGGGAAUGCUGUAAAGUUCACUAAAGAGGGUGGUAUUUCGAUUUGUGCUUUUGUUGCAAAAUCGGAGUCUUUAAGAGAUCCUCGAGCACCCGAUUUUUUCCCUAUUCCGAGUGAUAAUCACUUCUUUUUACGCGUAGAGGUAAAAGAUACAGGAGCAGGGAUCAACCCGCAAGAUAUUCCAAAUAUAUUUAUGAAAUUCGUGCAGAGCCAGCCUCUUGCUACCAAAAAUUCUGGUGGUAGUGGGCUCGGUCUCGCAAUUUGUAAAAGGUUUGUGAAUCUCAUGGAAGGGCACAUUUGGAUUGAAAGUGAAGGUGCUGGCAGGGGUUCGACAGCUGUCUUUAUUGUUAAACUUGGAAUCCCGGGUCGUCUAAAUGGUUCUAAGCUUCCAUUUGUACCGAAAGGUCCCGGAAAUCAAGUAAAGCCAAAUUUCUCGGGUCUCAAAGUUGUUGUCAUGGAUGAUAAUAGUGUUGGGCGAAUGGUGACCAAAGGCCUCCUUGUACACCUGGGAUGCGAUGUGUCGGCUUUUGCUUCAGGAGAGGAGUGUAUAAGAGCCGUCAGUCACGAGCACAAGGUGGUAUUCCUAGAUGUGAGCAUGCCAGGUGUCGACAGUUUCGAAAUCGCGGUACGUAUACACGAGAAAUUCUCAAAGCGCCACGACAGGCCUAUUAUUGUAGCGCUCACAGCAAACACAGACAGAACAACAAAAGACAACUGUCUGAGAGUCGGUAUGAAAGGGGUUGUACUAAAGCCCGUUUCUGUCGAUAGAAUGAGAAGCGUUCUAUCGGAUCUGUUAGAGCAUGGAUAUCUGGUUGAAACUCAAUGAACCACGAAAGUAUUAAUGGAGAUUAGUGAAUAUAAAUUAUAUAUAUAUAUUACUUGACGGGGCCCGUGGUUUCAGAAAGAUGAUCACAGGACGCUGUGAAUUGUGCAUGCACAGUAAGCAUAAAAGAUCAUUUGACUCGUUUCGAGAUUAUUUCUCUGUAAAAAAAAAACGAAUUUCUGUGCAGACACUUGUUAUAGAGCGCCAUAUGUCGUUGAUAAUUUUCUUAAUACUAAUAGAGGAGUUUCCUAGAAAAAAAAGGUUAUCUUUUCUUUUUAUAUUGAUUUUUUUUUUUCGUCGAGACUUUGAAAUGCUUUCCUAGGUUUAGAAUUUACAGAAAUAAUUGGCUAAGAGUCCAUCGUCGUAAAUUUAUACUUGUCUAUGCACAUCUUCUUCACAUUAUCUUUUUUCUUGUCCA